AUGGAAGUAGAAGUUCCGGGCGGUUCAGAAGCGGCCGCCGCGGACACUGGAAGCGAGGCAAGUUUCCACGUGUCGCAGGUGGACAUUCCCGAAGAGGAACUCGACGAGACACAGGUCGAAAGCGCCGAGGCGAUGUUCGAGCAUCUCGCCCGACUUCCCUUCCAGGUCUUCAUUCUCAGCGAGUUUGGAAGACCCAUUUUUGUGAAGUAAGAACUGAAAAUGGAAAUUCUUCUACAAAUUACCCCUUUUCAGCAGCGGAAACGAGGUGGAAAUGUGUUCGCUGUUCGCUCUGAUUUGCGCGUUCGUCGAUCGAUGCCGCACGUGGGGCGACAGUCUCCUGACGAUGACGUCACAGGACAAGUACAUUCAGUUCCUGCACAAAUCGCCACUCAUUUUCUGUGUUGGUUCGUCAGUUUUCGCAAAACAAAUUCCAUUGGUUUUAACUUUUCAGUGUCCAAGUAUCCGGAGCAACUGGACGAGCAGUUGGAGGUGCUCUUUGAGCAAAUCUGCUCGAUUCUGUCGAAGAGUCAGUUGGAGAAUGUCUACGUCAAAAAGGGCGACAAUUACGAUCUGCGGAAGCUGUUGCGAGGCACCGACAGACUCAUCGAUUCGUCGAUUUCCUCGUGGAGAGGGUCUUCGAUCAAUCUCGUGGAUUCUUCCAUCUCGGCCAUUCCGAUGAACCCCUCCGAUCGCGAAUUCCUUUCCACAACAAUGGCGACGUGUCUGGGAGCCGCCAAAUUGGACGGCGCACUUUUCGGAAUCAUGAUUGCGCAUCGACAGAUCGCCGCGAUCGUCCGCUUCAAGAAGUACGUGAUCCACCCACGGGACAUGAACAUUCUCAUCAACCUCGUCUCGGACAAGUCGUUCCAAACGGAUUCGCAGAACUGGGUGCCGAUCUGUCUGCCACGGUUCAACGACACCGGCUUCUUCUACGCCUACAUCUCGUAUCCGUGGCGGGAGCAGGACGUGCCCGCGUGUCUAGUCCUUCUUUCCGUCAAAAGGGACCAUUUCGACGGGCUCAAGGAGGUUCGGCAGGGGAUUGUGUCAAAGUUGGAGAAUAACUCCAAGUUCUUUGCCAACUUUUCGCAAGCGACCAGGACUCCCAACCUGUACCAGAUCUCUCAAAUCGGCUCCAACUCGGAGAGUCUCUGGUCGUUUCUCUACCUAAAUCACUCGUCAAGACAAGUUUGUCUUUCUGCUUCCAAGUCAGUUAUUAAUCCAUUUUCCCUUCGAACUCUUUCUCCUUCAGAAUUCCGCUGAUAAGCCGCGACGAACGAUGGGUGACCCGAUCCGAGUUGCGUCGUUCCGCUGCCCUUUCCGCGCGGCAUCCGCAUCUCCGCACCCUUUUCGUGCGCGGAACCAAGCAUUGUCUGUUCGUUUGGGUCACCGAUCUCUUCUCGCUCUACUGCAUUUUCGGCCCGUUCGUCACCGCCACCACCGCCUUCCAGAUCGUCGAGAAGCUGCUGAAAUCGCUGAAGUCCCACGAACAACGCUAUUUUAUCAUCAAUACAACCUCUUUCUAG